AUGUCUCAUAAUAAAUUUGCGUUCCAAUCAUCCUCUUGGGCUAAAUGUCGUUUUCGAGUUAUUGAACUCAUUCACUCUUGGCGACAGUCCGAUGAUCCGAAGUUGGCGCAUUUACUGUCGGUGAUUCGUGAAGGUCAGUGUCCAGAAUGGGCUGUGAAAAGAUUACGAUCUCGUUUGGUUUCCGAACUAGCUGAUCAUCAAAAUAAACCCAAAAUUAUCGCAACACGUUUAUGUACUCAUCGUGCAGACGCUGAGGCUUGGAAUCAACGCAAGUUAGAUGAACUACCAGGCUCAUGUAAAGUUUAUCGAUCUCAAGAUAAAGGAAUUGGAAAAGGUAUUUCAAAUACAAUGGAUUCAUCUUGUCCGGCUCCUUCUGUGCUGAAUUUAAAAGUUGGUGCUCAAGUCAUGCUCCUAAGAAACUUGGACACCAGCCGUGGACUUGUCAACGGUGCCCGAGGCAUAGUUGAAAAGAUACACAGUGAUACUGGUCUUCCUGAAGUUCGAUUUCAUUCUGUAAGACCGUGUGGAUCUAAUGGAAUCUUACAUGUUGUACAAAUUGAAAAGUGGACUAUUCGUGGAGUUAAUGCAGAGGAAAUUGCAAGUCGACGUCAAUUACCAUUAACUCUGGCCUGGGCAAUAUCCAUUCAUAAAAGUCAGGGAAUAACGUUGGAAUAUGCAGAAUUAGCUCUGUCAAAGGUAUUUGAAUGUGGACAAGCCUAUGUAGCGCUUAGUCGGUGUCGUAAUUUAAGUGGUUUGUAUUUACUCGAUUGGCGCCCUGAAGUGAUUCGUGCGGAUCCUAAUGUGAUUAAAUUUUAUGCCAAAAUCAGAGAGACCAAUGAUAAAAUUAAAAACCAGAUCAUGUGCUAAUAUUUUUAUUAUUUUCUUUUUUUUCACUUUCUAAAAACAAAUAUCUUAAAUUAAUGCAUUUAAAUCCCUAUUUUAUCAAUGAAAUGCAUAUUUAAAAACGAAUAAAUUUUAUAUUGAACA